UCCCACUUCCUCCCAGAAACAGGAACUAGGAGGAGUGGUCCGGGGCUGCUUGCCUGCCUACGGGAUUGCCCUGCUGGUUUGAUAUGCAACAGGCGACAACGACGACGACAACCUGUUUAACACACCUUGGCGCUGGGCUGGUUGCGAAACUCGCCUCGUUUCUUCUUCCCUAUCGAAAGAAGACGUGUCAGCAGGAACACUUGGCCGCCGCCGCUCUUGCGGCCGAACUAACCUCAGCCUGAAUUAUUCACGAUCGCCUCCUCGCCAGACAAUGCCCGCCGUCGACAAACUUCGCCUGGAAGAGGCUUUGCAGGAUAGUCCGCAGACUCGCUCUCUGCUAAGUGUGUUUGAAGAAGAUGCAGGGACGCUUACAGAAUACACCAACCAGUUACUUCAAGCAAUGCAGCGAGUUUAUGGGGCUCAGAAUGAAAUGUGCCUAGCAACCCAACAGCUCUCCAAGCAGCUUCUUGCAUAUGAAAAACAGAACUUUGCCCUAGGUAAAGGAGAUGAAGAAGUGAUAUCUACCCUUCAGUACUUUUCGAAAGUUGUGGAUGAGCUUAAUAUUCUGCAUACUGAACUGGCCAAACAGCUUGCAGACACGAUGGUUCUCCCCAUCAUCCAGUUUCGGGAAAAGGAUCUUACAGAAGUAAGCACUUUAAAGGAUCUCUUCAGCCUUGCCAGCAAUGAACAUGAUGUCUCCAUGGCAAAGUACAGCAGGUUACCCAAGAAGAGAGAGAAUGAGAAACUAAAGGCGGAAGUUGCAAAAGAGGUAGCCAGUGCCCGGAGGAAGCAACAUCUCUCAUCAUUACAAUAUUACUGUGCCUUGAACGCUUUGCAAUACCGCAAGAGAAUCGCCAUGAUGGAGCCCAUGCUAGGAUACACACGCUCACAGAUUAAAUUUUUCAAGAAGGGAGCUGAGAUGUUUUCCAAAAAAAUGGACAGCUUCUUAUCUUCAGUUUCAAGCAUGAUUGAAAGUGUACAGGAAGAAUUGGAUACUGAGGCUGAAGCCAUGCGGGUCUCUCAGCAAGAUCUGCUUUCAGUUGGUGAAUCAGUGUACACGCCUGACUUUGACGCAGCCUCGCCUCUCAUCAACAGAAAUCUGAUUCAGAAGGCUGGCUACCUUAACCUUAGAAACAAAACAGGCCUUGUGACUACAACAUGGGACAGGUUGUACUUCUUCACUCAAGGUGGGAACCUGAUGUGCCAACCCAGGGGAGCUGUAGCUGGGGGACUGAUCCAGGAUCUGGACAACUGCUCUGUGAUGGCAGUCGAUUGUGAAGACCGGCGAUACUGCUUUCAGAUCACCACUCCAACAGGAAAGCCGGGCAUAACCCUUCAGGCAGAAAGCAAGAAAGAAUAUGAGGAGUGGAUAUGUGCAAUCAACAACAUCUCUCGACAGAUCUAUCUUACUGAUAAUCCCGAAGCAGUUGCCAUCAGGCUGAACCAGACAGCACUACAAGCUGUGACCCCAAUCACAAGCUUUGAAAAAAAACAGGAAAAUCUAUCUCCCAGCCAGGAUGUGAAGAAUGUGGAGAUGCAGAAUGACAGGACGGUCCCAGACGAGCCUGCCAGCAUUCCAGAAUCCACAGAGUUAAUUGCACCUGGAACACCCAUUCAGUUUGACAUUGUACUUCCUGCAACAGAGUUCCUAGAUCAGAACAGGGGUGGCAGGCGCACAAACCCAUUUGGAGAGUCUGAAGAUGACAAAAAAGAAGAUGAGACAGAUUCCCUCUUGCAGCAGAUAUUUGUAGUUCGCUUUCUAGGAUCUAUGGCUGUCCGAUCCGACCACACCAUUGAGGUGAUCUAUGAAGCAAUGAGGCAGGUGCUAGCAGCUCGGGCCAUUCACAACAUUUUCCGUAUGACAGAAUCCCACCUCUUGGUCACCAGCAACAACCUGAAAUUAAUAGAUCCUCAAACACAAGUUACAAGAACAAGCUUUGAACUUGCCAAUGUGACACAAUUUGCUGCUCACCAAGAAAACAAGAGGCUGUUUGGGUUUGUGGUUUGUGACUCCGAGUCUCCAGGCGAAGAUUCCAUGAGCGCUUAUGUAUUUGAGAGUAACACCGAAGGCGAAAAGAUUUGUUAUGCAAUAAACCUGGGGAAGGAAAUCAUUGAGGCUCGUAAGAAUCCAGAAGCACUAGCUCAGUUAAUGUCCUCUGUGCCCCUCACCAAUGAUGGAAAGUUUGUGCUCUUGAAUGAACAGUCAGAAGAGGACAACACAGUAGUCCAUGGAGAUGGCCAUGAGGAGUCAGAAGCAUGAGCUGUAGUUUCUUUAAAUAGAAGUGGUGUUGCACAUAACAGCCUAGAUUCUCUUAGCUAUCUAACAUGGGUACUUAAAGAUAGCAUGAGAGGAGGACUUGGUCUGGAUUUUUGGUGUGGUAAACUGUUUCUGUAAUUCUUCCCCAACAAUGAACAUUAUCAACUGAUGGCUACCAGCAAAGAUUUAAUGCAAGAUAUGUGUGCAUCUUGAGAUGCUAAACCACUUUCUUACUCCAUGUAGUUUUUAGAAAUUCAGCUAGUGUGAAUGUUCACCUACUUUGAACUUCCUACUAUAAUGAGAGCUGCGUGUAUUUGUUUAACUGCAUAAGUUAUGUGAAUGUACACACCUGCUUAUUUUGAUGAUUCUACUAUUGGUGGGGAGGGGCAAGGAGUGACACAGGCCAGUGAAGUUCUACCCCCUGGUCACUGGAAGUGUGCACACCCAUCCACCCACUAUACCAUUGGCAAGCUACUGAGACUUCACCAGGCAUUCAUAGUUAAAGGAGUUCACUUCUGUGUGAAGUUUUUAGUCUAUGUUGUACUUUCUAAAAAGAUAACAGGAACACUAUUUUGAGCUAGGCAGUUUACAGAACUAUUUGAUAAAACACUUUCCUAUUAUCUAUUUUUAUACUUUAAUAUUAAAAGCUUACUCUAGAUAAUCUCUAAGUGCCUACUGUUAUUGUGGGGACCAUACUUGUAGAUUCGGUAAAGCAGCCACCCCUACCUAAAAAUGAGAUGGCAGGUAGACUGGAAGUGGUAUGCCUUAACCUCCCCCCAAGUCUCAGCUAUUCACACAAGCCAGCUAAAACCUUUUUUUUUUUUUGGCGCUGAUCUGCAAGGUUGGGUUAGUGCUCCUCUAGGUUCAACAUGAAAAAGAAGGCUUGCUCAACAGUAACUGCAGGUACUCAGAUUACAGGGUUUAUUUUAGACCUUGAUGCAGGCAGACUGACUUGCACCUCUGCAACUUAGAAAGCAAAGCAGGUAUUAAGGCAGCAUGUUUCUUCAUAUAGAGGACCAAUCUAAGCCCAAUAUAGUCUGUAUUAUUUUACCAAUUAGACAUUGUUGCUUCUAGGGCCAGCAAUACUGUAGUGCACCAAAUUCUGGGUUUACUGUUUUAAAUUCAAGUAACAUGUAAGAACAGAGGCAGCUUUAAACAAAAGUUCAGCUGAUUUUUUUCCUUGUGGAUUUUUUAGUUUAUUAAAAUAUGUUUUAAUGUUAACAAGAGGGUUCACAUUUUGCAAUACAACCGUUGAGUAAUAAUGUUAGAUUAAAAUCUUAUUUGA